CAUCUGCCUGCAUUGUAAUUCCCAGUUUGGGAGACUGGGGGUACCCUUUCCCCAUCCAGCUGGAAAACUUCAUUUUUUGGAGCUGCGGUGUAGACUUUGCAUCACGCAGGCUGUUAGAGAAGCUUAUGAGAGGUUAUAUCCAUAUUUUUGGGCGAUAGCUAUAAAGGCGCCUCUAAACUGAGGCCCAUUAGGGCUCAUUAAGCGACAAAAACAAGCAUAGUGAAGAGCGGAGCGCUGAGACCGCUUGGCUACUGUUAUUCCGCGAUGGAAAGUUCGUGUGUCACUUAAAAAAGGAUCCAAAAAGGGGUUAAAUGGUGGAAUAAUGCUGCGAAAACCGUGUCUGUUCCACCACAGGGGGGAUGAUGAGACCACUGACUCUGGAGCGGAGACUGCGGGAUCGGACUGCAGCAAAAUGUCCGGCAGCAGCAUUGACCUCAUGGCGGGCUUGGGUCAGGAGCCCCCGCUGGUCACCAUGCACCUGCUGGCCAACCCUGGAGACUCUCUCCUCCUGCAGCACACCCUGGACCGCCUCCUUAAGUGGGUGUGCCCGGGCCUGCGCCUCUUCCACGUGUCCGAGCGCGCCUGUCCGGUGCGCGAUUACACCCUGCCGCCCGUGGCUGGCUACCCGUCGCUGGCGGUCACCCUCUUCCUGCACGAGUCAUACGGAGAGGAGCGGAUCCUCCGGGUUUUGGAUUUCCUCCAGUGUCCGCCGUGGCAGUACCACCACACGGAGAGCUGCGGGAGCAGGGCGGGGCAGGGCGUCCACAUCAGCUCCGCCGGCUCGCCCUCCAACGCCCUGCUACGGCCCUACCUGCUGCCCAGUCGGGACUUCUACAGCCUGGGCACGGGCAUGCCGGUGUGGGGGGUGCGGCCGGUGCACUGCGGAGGGGAGGUGGUGCGGCUGACGCUGCACAGCAGCUACGACAACUUCGAGGACGCCGUGCGGCUCUACGAGAUGGUGUUGCGGAGGCGGGCUGAGGAGCAGAAGGCCGGCUUCUGCUGGUUCACCCUGUUGACAGAGAGGGGGCUCAGUCUGCAGCUCGCCCUCAAGCAGCUCUCGCCCGGGGUCAGGGUGGAGCCGUGCCACUCCGCCGUGCUGCAGUUCAGGGUGGGCGAGAUCGGGCAGCUGGUGCCUCUUCUGCCCAACCCCUGCUCGCCGAUCAGCGCCACCCGCUGGCAGACUGAGGACCUGGACAGCAACAAGAUCCUCUUUCAGGUUAAAGGAGCAGCGCAGCCGGCGAGACUCUUCACCUCAGCCUUUCCCCUCAGCUGCCCCAGCCUGCCGCCGCGAUCGCUGCUGAGGUGCCCGGUGCCCACCCAACUCCACUCGGCCCCUCCCGGCUCCUUCAGCAGGCUGUCCCAGCUGAAGGAGCGCACUCUGACCAAACUGCCCUCAGACGGCUCCCCUGGGGUUCAGAGACUAGGAGGAGAGAGCCUGGGCUCGGGCAGCGCCUGCAGCACCCCUCCAGGGAGCUCCUGCUACUCCUCCCAGCGCAGCAGCCCCGCCGCCCUGUCCGUCAACCCCUCCAUCACCCGCCUCCUGCUGGAGGAACCAGAGGAAGAUGAGGAGGAGCCGGAGACCAAUGUGGAUACGGGCCGAGCUGUCAGCCCCCAGGUUCAGAGACCCGCCGCCGUGGGGGCGUCGGCUCUGGAGACGCUGGCCAGGGACCUGCGGCGCGGCCUGGCAGAGGCACCAAGGAGUCCGCCAGAGCCGGCAGCCCAGAUGCUGGAGCCUGCAGAACAAGUGGACGAGUUCUUCAUCUGACCAAACUACGAAUGUAGGAACUACGUGUCUGUUUUUGACCUCUUUAGCAAACAAUUCAGUGCACCAUUAAAAGUCUUUAAAGGCUUAGUUCACGCAGCA